AGUUUGUUGCAAAUGGUUGUUUACUUAGCAUUGUAUUCCCAUUCUUAGUAUAAAAAUAAAAUGUGUUGAUUGUUCCAUUGCCUUUUGUCAUCUAAAAACAGAUGAUGUUUGCUUAUACAGAGAUUUUAACAUCUUUCCCACUAGUUGCAACCGACUUUAUCUUGGCAUGCAGGAUGUCUACCCACAAGCUAGGAAGCUAUUCCUCAGCAAAGUACUCCAAUAUAUAAAGGAAAGGCUUCUGGAUGCGAAGUAUGCAUGUGGCUUCUCAUUCAACAUAACUGGAUCCCAUCCACUUGAGUUUAUAGAGGACAAACAUAACCUAAUGGAAGUUGUUCAAAUGUGUCACCGACUAAAGGCACUCCAACUUUCUAUGCAACGUGAUGUGAACUCGUCCUCCACUUAUCUAGAAAAUAUUCUCACAUAUUUGCUCCUUGCACUUUCACAUCAUCCUUCAUGUCCUAAUGUUGAUGAAUGCAAGGAGGUUCAAGCAUUUGAAUCAAUUUACUGGUAUCCUUACUCUGUUGCAUUUGUUGCUAUGUACAAUUUACUUGUCUUUUAAUUGCUCUAAAUGAGGAUUCUACAAGCCAAUAUCCAGUUACAUUUAAAUCUGUGUUUAUAUUUCCCUGUUCUGUGUAUGCAAUUUGGGAAAAUUGUGCAGGCAUAGGUGCUAGGUGUUACAUAUUGAUAGAAGUGUCUGAGCCUAAUUUUCAAUGGCCAUUAUAUAUGCCAAAAUACAAGGGCCAAAAAUAAUUUCAGCAUUUUAAAGAAGUUUCUUUUGAGAAGAAGAAAUGGAUUUUAGUGUUGAGUGAGCAUAUGUGUGUUGGAAUGCUUUCCACGUCUGUAAUGCUUCUUAGCUCUUUUAGCAAAACUUUUUACCCAUAAAAAAUAAAUGAACUUAAAGUUACGGAUUUGCCAAUAUAGUUAUGCUUUUGGUAUAAAAGACAUUUUUUUUUUCAUAUAAUAUUCCAGAAUUACUUAACACUAAUGCUCAUACACAUAAAUAGGUCAUACAUUAUACGUGAGGUGCAUUGUAACUUGUCGUUGUAGUUGAUUGAGAACAAUGCUAUACACAAUUUUGGGUGGGUGCCACAAAAAUUUUUUGUCCCUCAUUUAUCAUAUAACUCCAUAGCAGAAGUAAAACAUUAUAGAGAAGACAAAACAUAAAACAAUCUAAAACCACUAAAAAAAGGCAA